UCCAGUGGCUGAUAAACCUUAUAAUACUGUAGAUAUUUAUUGCCGGUAAUAACGUCGCCGGUCACUUUUGGGGUUAAUGAACCGCAGAGACGCUACAACUAAACUCCUGUCAAUUUUUUAUAUCCAGAACUAUGUACAUUGAGUACAAGGAAGUGACGAAUAAUCCCAGUAUCGAUACAGACAGAUUUGAAGUUGCAAAUGAAUUUUGCUGCAGCUGUUCAGUAAAAAAUUACUUGUUUAGUCAUUGCUGACCGGGCGAGUUGGUAACAUUUGCUGGCGACAAAAUCAAUCAUAUUACGUUUCUACGCUCAUUUGGACGGCAUCGGCAUCACCUGAUUUCUAAUAUCUAGUACGUCAUACACUUUUGAGAACGGAGAAAAAAUUUUAAUUUAUUGACCACCCAUACAUCCAAUCUGUAUCUCACUAAUGUUACGCUCAACUGAAGUAAGACACAAGAACCAAAAUAAUUCCCCGAUAAUUUUUUCACGCAAAAUAUGGACGUUCCCUCUGUACAUUUUUAUUAUUGCAUAAUUACGUAUGCAGAUUUACUAAUCUGAUAACACAUCAACCAUUUGCAUAACAGGAGAAGCCAAUCAAUCUAUGGGUUAAGGAGAUUUCGUUAUAAUUCCAAGACGAUAAUUCGGUGCAGAAUUUGCAACGCACAACAACUAAAAAAUGGACACGACAAAUUUACCCAUGCAAGCGCCUGGAAGAAAAUUAAAUAAUUCCCUUAAGAAUUCCGUUAAUGAUGACAUUGCUUCUGACGACGACAACCAUUAUCUCCAGCCCGCCCAGUUUGCCAAGGAGUAUGUUGAUAAAUUGUCCAAGGCAAUGACCGACAACCCUUCAAUGUGUUCGCAAGAAUUAAAGGAAAUUCACGAAAAUGCGUUUGAAGAAAUAUCAAACGACCUUACCGCCAGGAAAGAAAACUUCGAAAAUCCUAAUGAAUUUGAAGAAUUCUACAUAGAAUUUGAGCGUCAAAUAAACGAAGUGUAUAAGGGUUUACGAGAACGAGUUCAAAAAUCCGCAGUCAAUCAGAUAAUCAAGUACAUUGAGGAUGAAACGAUUAGAGAUUUUGAUAAUCUGUACACACCAGAGGAUCUUCAGAAAAAAUGGUGCCAGCUAACGUCAUCCGCUAGAGAAAACUUGCAACAGGAAACAACCGAAUUCCAGGCGUAUAUGUAUAAGAAAUUGGCCUCAUCCUUUUCAAGCAUCAAAGAAAAGUUCCGGCAGCAUCAAAGAGAUAUUUGUGACCGUAAGAAGAAUCUGAUUGAGGUCGCAAUGUCAAAGUACAAACAUGAUAAGAACUGGCUCAUGAUGGACAAGGUAAUACGCAGCGAUUCCGAACUUAGGGCACUGCACGAUGAUAAAGUGUACGAAGCCGAGGUAAAUUUAAGGUCUGACUCUGACCAACAAACAAAAAAUCACGGCCUUCUUGACGAUUUUCGGUCAGAGGUGUCCAACGAAUUCGACAAUAUCCUGACAAGCUAUCAACGCCGUAGGCCACUUUCCAUCAAACGAUUCCAGGACGUCGUAAGCAACGAGUAUGACAAUGAAAUGUCCGAGGUGGUAGAGCAGGUCGCAAACGUGGAAGACCUCCGUAAAAUGCAUGCCCGUUAUUUACGCGAGGCCGUUAAAAAAUUUCAGAAAUUUUUUUCCGGCCCUAGCGACCCACUAUGCAUUAGUCAUAUCGGUAUUCUGAAAAACAUUAUACAGGCCACUUUUGAUGAGAAUGUUUCUCCCGAGUUCGAAAACCUAUUAGGCGAGCAGGACGACAAUUUCAAACACGGGGAGAAAGAGUACUGUAAAGAAAUGAAUUUACGCCUCGACACAAACUGCUUCUUAGGAGAUAAUGUUCUUCGUGGGGAGCACAACGUAGUUAGGUCUCAUAUUCUCCUAGAAAGGAAGAUAUUCUCUCCGGAGAAGGUUAGAGAAUUUGAUUGCCGACUAGAAAUUCUGUAUUCCACCUUUGUCCAACGAAACGACAUGAAUUAUCCGACCGUGGAGGGGAUCGGGAUCGACCUUGGCACCACUUAUUCCUGUGUCGCCAUCUAUGAGGCGGGUUGUGUUAAAACAGUCGCCAAUGGUGACGGGCUACCCACCACCCCGAGCUAUGUCAGGUUCAACGAGCAUGGGCAUACCCUAGGUUUUGGCGACUCUGUUAAGGAAGGCUCCUAUUCGCAUUCGGAGAGCGUAGCCUACGACGCAAAGCGGAUGAUAGGUAGGGAAUUUUCGGAUCCCGAGUUGCAGAAAAACAUCAGCAACUGGCCAUUCGCAGUAGUCAAUGACGGGGGUGAACCCAAGAUCAAGAUAUUUUGUCCGGAAAAUAGUAAAACCAAGUAUACUCUCGUAUCCGCACCGCACGUUGCGUCCGAACUUCUUAAAGGGCUCCGCUCCGAGGCUGAGAAAAGGUUAAAUUUAGUUGGCCAAAUAAAAAGCGUUGUUAUCACCGUGCCCGCAUAUUUUACUGAGAAACAGAUCACGGCUACCAAGCUGGCCGGUGAGGCGGCGGGUCUUCGCGUGCUUGAAAUUAUCUCGGAGCCGGUCGCUGCGGUAAUUGCAUAUAAUAAGCUCAACGUUAAUUUGGACUGCAAGUACGUCCUAACCUUUGACCUGGGUGGGGGCACGUUUGACGUCGCCGUAGUCAAGAUGGCCAAGGGAAAGUCAAACAUUAUUAGCCAAGAUGGGCACAGAAAUCUUGGUGGGGAGGACUUUGAUCAAAACAUGAUGCAAUUCAUUCUUGCUCAAAUUAAGCUGAAGCAUGGCACGGUAAUAAUUUCUGACAAAGGGCAACUCCAAAGGCUUAAGUUGGCAUGUGAGAAAGCAAAGAAAGUCCUCAGCUCCGCGAUGCAAACGGCCGUCAAAUUGGACUGUUUUAAGCUUCAGGAUGGUAAGGGUCAGACCCUCCACGUGGACUUGGACGUCAGUAUAACUCGAGAUCAAUUCGAAGACAUGAACAAGUCCCUUUUCCAGCUUGCCAUUCAAAAGACGCACGCUUGUCUGGAGGCGGCCAGGGUGGAUAAGGGUCAGAUCAAGGAGGUAGUCAUGGUCGGGGGUUCGACCCGAAUUCCCAAAGUUCAGGCCAUGCUGAAGAAGUUUUUUGGUAAUCGGACCAUCAUUCAAAUGUCGAUUGAUCCUGACCAAAUUGUGGCUCAUGGUGCGGCCAUGAGGGUGGCCAUGCUGACGGGUAGUAUCCGCCGGGGUUCCCCAGACUAUCAACACGUCACCACCGUGACGCAGAUGUCGUAUGGGGUAGAAGUUUGGGGUGGCGAUUACUCUGUCGUCAUUCCCAAAAAUACUCCCAUCCCAAACGUAACGAGGGCACAGUUUCGAACGGCGAAUGAUCAACAGACCUCCGUUCUUGUCUCGAUAUUUCAAGGGGAGGCGGCGAAAGCGGUCGAGAACCAUAAGUUGGGCGACUUUUAUCUAAAUGGGAUCCCUCCCGCGGAGGCAAAUCUGGAAACAAUCGAGGUGAUGAUGGAAAUUGAUACGAAUCGGGUUUUGCACGUUUCUGCGGCCUGUGUAAGCAAUGGGGUGGCGGAGUCAAGGAUGAUUGAAGUUGUUGAGAUGAGAAUUUAACACUACGAAAUAACUAUUCCUUAAAUAUUUUACUAUAUAAAAUAAGUACAAUUAUUUACAUAUGAACAUAUGUAUCGAUUAUAGGAAUACUCUACGAGAUCAGUAUAUUAAUGUUACUAAUCUAAAGAAAAAUUCCAAAUUCAAGUAACAAAAUCGAUUUGGGCAAUAAAUACAUUUUCCCGACUGUA